AUGAGUUCAGGAUCAGCUACAAAGAUCUUUAGCUUCAAUUUAGAGUUGGCUCUUAUCAACCAUUUGAGAUCAUUCAAACCCUAUAACAAUGAUCACAAAUUUGAGCCUGGUUAUAUUGAAAGUAUUUACGCCUACUUAUUUUAGUAUUAGGGUGAUAUGGAAGCUGAAAUGUUUGAUGACUAUUGCUAGUAAAAUGGAGGCCUUAGUAUGAAAUAAGUCGUCCUUUUCAUACACUUCGCAUUUGGCUCUAUUGCUAACUUGAAGGAAUUAAUAACAAAACUCAAUCAUAAGGGUGAAAUAGUUGAUAUCUCAAAAUCUCAAAUUAACAAAACCAAUAUUCUAUGUGUCCACUCCAUUAUGGAUUUAUAGAAUACUAUCGACCAUCAAAAGAUUAAUGAGCUUUAAGAAUCAUCAAAACCAUCUUCUCUUUAGUCUCUCAAGAUAAGCAUAAUUAUGGAAGAUCUUUAAUAUGAUUAAGGGUCAAAUACACUAUACAUUCCUUACCAUAUCCUCAAAUUAGGUAUCCAAGCCAAGGGAAAGCUCGAUAUCUACUUAACUUCAUAUAUUGCUCACAUUCUCAAUAAGAAUUUGAAAAUCAAUUUAUUCCAUGCUCAUUUUGCUUUUUCUGCAAAGUAAGGAAAAGCUUAAGUUUACACAGAAAACUAUCACAAAAUGCUAGUAUAAAUUUAUAAAGGUGUUAGCUAACUAAAAUUUGACAAGGCUACUUAUCACUAUUAUCGUUAGAAGAUGGUUAAUUUUGCUAAGGAUAGCAAAUUCUUCAAAGAAACAGAAGUUCAAGCUACUUUAUUAGAACUUGAAAGAACUUUAUCUGAUAUGAUUAUUGCCAGAGAUCCUAAAUUAAAUCAUUACUUUGAAAAACUUAUGAUAGGUAUGCUUGGUUCUCCUAUAUAAGUUAUUCGCGAUCAUGCAGUUAUUAUGCUUAAUAUCUUAUACGAUGGUGUUGAUUGGUCAAGAAGAGCUCCCUUCUCUACUAAGAUUUCAAAGGUUAAAUCUAAAUUCUUAAUAGACUAUUUAAUUGAAUCAGACUAAUAUGAUGAAAACAUUGUCUUCUUAGUUAAAUCUCUUAUUUUCCUUCCUAGUACUAGAUAAAAUGUUAUCUCAAUCCACAAACCUAGAAUAAAAGAAUUUGCAGUUGUAGGAAACAAAAGAUACAUUAGUGUUUAGUUAGAUUUAGGUAGAUUCAAAAGAUGCGGUUUUUACGAUUGGAAGCUUGUAAAAUUAAUGGAAACUGGUGAAAUUAUGUCUGUUUACAAGAUUGCAGAUUUGAGAGAUAGAUCUGAUAAGGAAGAUUCUGAAUUCACUACUAGACCAGUUUAAGGUCGUUUUAUAGUCCAUCCUGAAGAUUCAAAAGACCUUUAAAUGCACGAAAUUUUUGUUGAUCUUCAAGAUGGUGUUCCUGAUGAAAAGGGUAAAAUAGUUAAAAGAGGUAACUUCCGUAAAGUAAAAGAUAAAUUACCUGCUUAUAAGCAAAUGGGUUUAAAUGCUGUUUAUCUUAUGGGUGCAUUAGAAAGAGACAAUGGUAUAUAUUUAGAUGAAUAAACUAAGUAAUUUAAUGUAAAGAGACCAGAAGUUUCACCUCUGUCUAUUACAUGCCGUUCAACACCUAACUCUAUGCUUGGUGGCAAGUAAUCUUUUAAGGAAUUAACCAAAAAAGCUUCAGAAUUAGGAAUGAGAAUCAUUGUUGAUUGUUUAACUAGAAUUAGUUCUUCUCGUGCUCACAAAAAGUACAGAAAUUUGAUUAUCCACUCUUUAGAUUAAUAAGGAAAGCAAACUCCAGUAUUUGGUUCUGAUGGUAGAGCUAUCUUCUUUGAAGAUACUACUCUUUUAAAUUACAGAAAAAAGAAAGUUUGGGAUUUGAUGAUAGAAGAAAUUACAAGUUUUACUGACACUUAUAAUGUUAGCGGUUUACAUUUAGAUAAUGGACAAGCUUGGCCUCAAAUCUUCAGAUUAGAUAGAGAUGAAAUGUAUAGAAAAGACACCGAUGCAACAGAUGCCUAUACUGAGAAGCAAAUCUUUGAAGGAGAAUUAGUCGAGCAAAACGAAGAUUGCGGUUAUUGGGCUUCUUCUUACAAGGAUAUCCUUCCCAAUCCGUUUAUCGUUAAGUUGUGCAGAAAUUUAUGGUCAAGAUACCCUAAUUUCUUAAUUCUUUGUGAAGUCUGGGGAUCCUUCGGUGAAUAAGAUGUCCGUGAAGUUUCUGUUAUUUAAUCUGGUCCCAUUCCUAGAACUUUCAAAAUUCCAAUCGCUUUGUCAUAAAUAUUUGGUGAAAACUUACGUAAGGAUGGAACAAUUACUUCAAUUGAAAGAAAAACCGUCUCUGUCUUCAAAAAAUGGUACUUAGCCUAGAGAGAAAUUCUUCCAGAAGGUUCUCUAGUUAUUUAAUCUACUACCUAUCACACUUGGCCUUACCCUGCCUUAUUAUACAAGAAGGGUACUUGGGCAGCUGUAGAUUUAUUCUUUACUUUAUGUGAUAUUCCAAUGACUUUCAUUGGUGAAUUAGAUGGUCAUGCCUUCAAGAUUAAGACAACAAAUAUCUUUUCACAAGUAAGAAUAGAAUAGAAUGAUGAAUCAGAGACAGAUUUAACUACCAUCAAAGAAACAGAAGAAGAUACUAAUUACAUUUAAGAAGUUUAAAAAAAGUAGAAAAAGAGAUAAAGUAUUAGAUAAAUUGAAUCCUAAUUAUUCUUGUCAGACGAAGGAUAAGGAUUCGGAUGGUCUGGAUAUGAACCCAGAACUGUUAGUAAGAGAAAAUCAAUAGUCAGAGUUAGCAGUGGCUAAUCAUUUGAUGAUGUCAAUUCAUUAAAUGAACAUACUAAAUCUUUUGUUUAGAGUUAAGGUGAAUGGUUUGGCCCUUCUCUUUAAAAUAUUAGCAAACACUAUGAAAGCAGAAGAUUACUCCGUUAAACUAAAAAACCUCUUAAAUAAGGUGUUUUCAUUCCACUUCUCGCUGAACACAAAUUUGGAUGGCACACUCAUGUCAUAGCUUACUGCAGAAUGACUAAAAAGCAAUUUUGUAUUGUUGUUAUCAACUUUAAUGAUGCCCCUGUUUAGGCCUAUAUCAAUUUAAAACCUCUCAGAUAAUACUUCCCUAAUUACGAAGAUUCUGACUUAGUUGUUCAAAUGGAAAGUUGGGUCAAGGACGAGAAAUACGAAGACAAUUAACUUGAUCACUACUUCAUUGGUGAAUUAAUUAAUGAAAGAUUGUUUAUUUCUCUCCAUAACUUCCACAGUCAUAUUUGGGGUUUCAAUUUAUUUUCUGAUGAUGGAACAAAAUAAAGAGUAGCAGAAAGUCACUCAUUUGCUCGUUUCAAGCAAUCCUUAAGCUUAACAAUUCCUAUGACUAUCUAUUCAAACGAUAUUGCUUCUCAACUUAUCAAAUUACUUUCUAGAAAGCCUAAUCUUUAAGAUUUUGUUAAUGGCUAUGCCUACCUAUACAAUACUAAACUAAAAGACGUUAACUUAAAUAAUGCCAUUGCUAUUUUGAGAGAUUUCUAGAAGGACAAUGCUUUGAAAUGCAGAUUAUUUGCAUACUUCUAAGCUCUCAUCAAUAAAAAUGCCGAAAAUCCUAAGAUAGAGGAGAAGAUAGAAUUCUUUAAAAAGACUUAAGAAGUAGUUGAAAGCAAUAAGCUUGGUCCAAUCUGCUUUGUUACCCCAGAAUAUGCUAAGUGGACAAAAACCGGAGGUUUGGGUGUAAUGACUGAUGAGCUUUCAAGAGGUCUCGUAGAUUUAGGUGAAGAUGUAUAUGUAGUCACUCCAAUUUAUGAUAAUAAACUUAAAGAAAAGCCUGAUCUUCUUGAAAAAGAUGGUUUCAAGCACACUGAUACCAUUUCUUAUUAUAUUGGUGGCACUGAAUACUAGGUAGGUGUACACUUUGGUGAGUAUAAAGGAGUUAAAAUUUACUUUUUACACAAUGCUGAUAUGUUCCCAGCACCUUUUGCUGGUGAUGAUGCCGUUUAUACAGUUAAGAGUAUUGCUUUAUAUGCUAGAGUUACUCUUGAAUUACUUUGUAGAAAGGGAAUAAUUCCUGCUCUUAUAGUAAGCAACGACUGGUAUUCUGGAUUAAUUCCUGGUUAUAUAAAAAAUAAAACUUUCGGAGAAACUUUCUCAGGAACUAAGAUAUUCCAUAUUGCUCAUAACUUGGAUACUACCUAUGAAGGUAGAUAAUAUCCUAAUCCUCAAUAAGGAGACUUAGGUUGGAUUCAUGAACUACCUACACAUUGGCUUAUUGAUCCCUACUGGAAGAAUCUUGUUGUCAAUCCUUCUAGAUGUGCCUUUAUGACUUGUGAUAAUUGGGGUACAGUUUCCCAUUCUUACAAGUAUUAACUUCUCAGAGAAAGUGCUUUGACUCCUAUAUUAUCUAACUUCCCUAACGCCUUUUCUUUCCCCAAUGGUUUAAAUAUUUAAGAAAGAUUGUAAAUGAUCAAAAAUCUCCCUACAUCUGAUGAUCAUCUUAAGGCUAAGGAAAAAAUUCAACAAAAGUAUUUUGGUUUCUAAUUACUUGACAACAGUUUCUGUCUGUUCGGUUUCGUAGGUAGAAUUACCGAGUAAAAAGGUAUUCAUCUUAUUUUAGAGUGUGCUGAAGAUUUGAUUAGACAAUCUAAUGGAAAAAUUUAGAUUAUUCUUGGUGGUAAUGCAAAUUAUAAGGAAGAAUAUGCCUAGAUUUGUGCUGAGAAAAUUAACUACUUGAGAAAUAAGCACCCCAACAAUUUCUGGGGAGAUCCAGAUCUCUUCUUUAGAGAUGGUCCCCUUAUUAACGUAGGUUGCGAUUUCGGAUUAAUGCCUAGCAAAUUUGAACCUGGUGGUAUUGUCUAGCAUGAAUUCUUCGUCGGUUCUACUCCAGUUAUUGCAAUGAAAACUGGUGGUUUAUAAGAUACUGUAACUGAUUUUAACGAAUAAACUGAGAAAGGUAGUGGAUUCACUUUUGAGCAUCAUAACUCACAUGGAUUUGCUUAUGCAGUUACUAAAGCACUUAAAUUAUUUAAAAACGAAAGUUUAUACAACAAAUUACGUAAAUCAUCUUUCUAAGCAGCUAUUGAUGUUAGUGAAGUUUCAAAGGCCUAUGAAGGAGAAUUCUAUAGAAUGUUCAAUAAAAACUUUAUCGAUAAACAAACUCUCACAGCUGAACUUUAAAAGAUUGACUGUACCUUCGAUAUUGAAAAAUACUAGCCUUAGUAAAUGGUAGGAAGAGUUUCUGGCAGAAUUCAAACAAGAGAAACUAAGACAUAAUAGUUGUUCUAGAAUGCAUUAAACAAGGUUGCUAAAGAUGAUAAGAAAAGCAUAUAAUUCAAGAUUAAUGUAGACAGCUCUAAGUUACCUAAAUAAGUAUAGAUUAUUGGUUCAUUCGAUAAUUGGUAGAAUAAGCGUCCCUUGAAGUACGAUUAAUUCUCUCGUGAAUGGAAAAUUACUCUUAAUCUUCCUAGAGGUGAUUAUUUCUACAAAUAUAUUAUUGAUGAUGAAUGGAUUUGCAGUGAUGAUGAUGCAAAGGAUACUGAUAUCUAUGGCUAUCUCAAUAAUUUCAUAUCAGUAGACUGA